GUGUGAUCGCAUCUUCUUUGUGCCUAUGUGCCCUUUGGCAUGUAGUUUAAGUUUGAUAGAUAACCUGGCUGUAUGGUUAUCAUUGUAGGCUGAUGUGGAAUCAAGUCAGCAGAGGAUUACGUUGUUUUAACUUAUUCUUGAGAUGUUUUCAGUUAUUAAUACAAGGCUGAUAUCUUUGUUUUCUUUAGGGGUUAUUUAGGGCUUUAUGUUAAUUUUCUAUCUUGAAUAUUUUCUUAUGGUAACUGAACAAAUAGAUGAAUCUGGGAAAAUUAAAGUGCCUAGAAAUGAAUUUGAAUUUCAGGUCAAUUAUGGUUUUGAAUACAGCUAAUUAAGGAUCAUUCUCCAUACUUAAUUUUCAGUUGGGAUGGUUUUAGUUGACAACUUUAGAUUUGGCUGUUCUGCUGGUUCAGGAACUUGGAAAAGCAAGGAUUCAGUGGGCAUAAACUAAGAUUAGGAAAGUUAUUAGAUCAAAGAUAUAGAGGAGGAUGACAUUGUGGAUUUUUAAGCAAAGGGUGUGUUGGGUGAUUUCAGAUUCUCUGCAGAUUUUCAUGAAGUUAAAGGGAAUGAUUUCUGGUCCUGAAGAACAGGGUUCAGGGUUCAGGAUGUGAUGUAUUGGAUGUAAAGAUCAGUGUUAUUGAGGCAAGAAAAAGGUUCAUCCAGAUGCAGCCCUGUGCCUCGCCUCAACUCCUGGCAUAUCAUUUCACUAAGGUAAUUGAGUUUGUCCAGUUCAAAGAUCGUUUAGAGCACUCUAAUCAGUAUUUAUUGGCCAGGCUUGAAGCUCACAUUUUACAACUAAAGCAGAAAUCACACAACAUUGAAGAAGAAGAGUGUAUUCUUGAAAGUUUGAGCUCUGGGGUUUUAUUGCUUGAGCUCUCAAAUAAUGAUGGAUGUAAGCCUUUGACCUUCAAUGAGGAUAUGCAGUCACGACCAUGGUGGACGCCUACCCCGGAUAAAAACUAUCUUCUAGGACCAUAUGAAGGAGGCUCCUUCUGCCAUAAAAAAGACUUGCAGCAGCAACUACUAACAAAGGAAAAGGAAGCUGAUGCACACAAAAUUUUUGAGAGAAGAUCCCUUCUUCCUCGGAUGAUCUAUCUAUCUAUCCAGUGUGCAUCAUCCCUCAAGGAAAAUGUUGAAGCCAAUGGCUCUAUGCCUGAUAAUAAGAACUCUGCAGAGCUGAAGUGUUUGCUUGAACGGUAUGCAAAGAGUCUGGGCUUUCCUUUUAGUGAUGCAUUAGAAGAAAUUGUUGCGAUUGCAGAAGGCCAAAAGUCUUGUGAGGCUUUUAAUUUGGAGAUGGUUGACUGGAUGAACUUCGCCGUGUUUUUGAAUGCAUGGAACUUGGGCUCACAUGAACUUGAGCUUCCAGAUAGGCAGGGAUGCUUGCCUGAUUCGUGGCACAUCGUGAAUAGCAUGAUUGAGAGAAACACCCUUGGGAAGCUCAGGUCCUUGCAACCAAUAAUCAGAUCUCCAGGAGAUGACCUAUCAGUUCUGUUACAGAUAGUGACAGAACCCUUGGCUUGGCACAGUCUUGUUGUCCAGUCUUGUGUUCGGUCCAUGCUUCCAUCUGGAAGAAGGAAGAAAAAAAGUGGGCCUGCAGAUCAGUUAAACUCCUCACUGGCUCGGGUUGUACGUGGUUCUAUCCAGUCAAUGCAUGGUGUAAUAGAAGAGGUCUCAAAAUGGUUAAGGGAACAGAUCAUCAGGGCGGAGGAUGAAAAGUUGGAGACGCUACUGUCUUCUAUACGGAGGGAAGGACUUAAAGAAGGGCCGGGGAAGGUUCUCCAGAUACUAGAAGCUUUUGCCUCAACAGGUGAUCCAGAAAUUGGUCAUCGGAUUUCUCAAGCAUUACGGUCAUGGAAUACAACAGAUAUUGCGAGGAAAAUAUUGGCCAGCCAGUCCUCUGUACUCUCUAAGUUCCUUCAAAUAUGUGAAUCAAACUCGAAGUUGUUGCAGACGCUGAAACAGCAAUUAUGAUCUACAAGAGUUUCAGAGGUAGAUUACUUGGUGGUAUUCCAAAAAGCUGUUCAGUGCUGUCAGUCUUGCUUCCUUGAGUCACAGAUCUGGUCCCCGCUUUACUUCUUCCCAGGAGGAUGGUAAUACAAGAGUUUUGAGUGAGCAUGUAUUUCAUGUUUUAUGUUUCUGGAGUGUUUCUACAAGGCAAUAUCCAAUGACUAAGUGAUUGGCCUUUGUAAUUUGAUUUGGCUGCUGUACAUUUCUUUCAUUCUUUUUAAACCCCUGGUCCAUCCAAUGUUUGGUUUUUGACAAUUCCCCCCCUUAUAUUUUUCCGUUGCAGAGAAAUUGUACACUAAAUAAGACUUUUCAGAGGGAUCUUGUUUAGGCAUGGUAAAGGUUCCUUUCUGGUUUUGGGGGGGUUUUCUUCUUGUAAACUUGGUCACAGUUUAGAUGGUAUUUUAGUGUUAUUAUUUGUCUUAA